UCCUGGUAUCUAAUUAAAUAAAAUCCAUGUCGCUGCCUUGUGAAUAUCCUUGUGUUUGUACACACUGCCUCGCCUCCAGUCACCAAAUGGUUGUAUGCUCAGAAGUCUGAAGGCAGUUCUCUAUUCUCGUUGAUUUCAUCGAGUGCUUGUCGACCGAUGAUUGGUUCUGUUCCUGAGUUGUCCGUUCGAGUUUGUCAUUGAUGUCACUCAUUAGAAUUUUGAUGUUGCCAACUGGGGUGAGGUCUUGUCAAGUAUUGAUUGGAGUUGUCUGUAGAAUUCCUGCUUCUUCUCUUGAUGUGGAUUAUUUGUGGGUGCGUAUCGUAGCUUGGUAUUGUAUGAUUGUGACUUUGCUUCCUUUUGAGUUGAAUGUUGCUGUCUUGAUCCUGAUGGUGGAGGAGGAGAUUGGUUCGCACUGCAUGGGAGAGAGCCUUCGAUGCUGUUGGGGACAUCAUGAUAGGCACUCGAAAACUCAGUGUGCUCGUGGAUGUCGUCAGGGUGACAAUAUCGGAGUAGAGUAUUGAGCGGGAAGUAGACAAUAGUCAUCCAAAUCUCCUCUAACUUGAGAAGGCUGUAUCGAGCCUGAAACGAUGUGAAGUGGCAGGACCUGAUGGUUUGCCACAAAAGCCCUCUACAGAAGAAGGCAGA